GACAACAAUCAGUAACAUUAAGUUUCCAUGUAAUUUGGUGGUGUUUACGAGUUGAGUAAAUGUUUGUUGGGUCUCGUAUCGUGGUAUGCUUCUUUAAUAAAGUUUGAUAGUAUAAAGUAUUAUUGUGUACUUGUGUUGGAUUGAGUUGAUUAAUGAUUGGUAUGUAUCUAUGAUAAAUUAUUUUUAAUUUAUGAUAACAACUUAAGAAAAGAACACAUGUAUGUAUGAAAAAUUAUGGAAAAUUUCACAAUUGAAAAAAGAGGUCCAAUGAUGGUAAGGUUAUUGAGCCGUUAUUUUGGUAUAAUCAUGUCGAAUCACUUGGUUAACGGGUAUCCGGUUAACCAACAAAAUAAUAGAGAAUCGACCAUAUGGUUACGGUUAACCGACUAAUUUUUAACGAUCCGGUUAAUGGUAAGCACAAAGUGCUUAACGGUUAACCGAGAACCGAUUAAACAUUUCCGUUGUUAUAACUGAACCGAUCAUCAACACUAGGAGAUAGGGAUGGGCAAUGGGUGGGUUGGGUCGGGUUUUUUAUAAAAUCCACCCGCUCAUUGUUAUGGUGGGUGAUGAAAAAAUGACCCACACCCACCCAUUUAUAUCGUUGUGCGUGGGUAGGAUGGGUGACGGCGGAUUGUGGGUGUGUUUGGCGGUUUUGGUGGGUCAAAUUAUUUUUAAAUAAUUAGACAGUUAUGAGUCAUAAAAGUUUGUAUUAAACUAAUUGAAUAUCGAUGCUACAAAUCAAGAAAAUUGAGAGCUAUUAAACAUAGUGUAUUGGAUAAUCUAACACCAAUUACCUCAUAUGCGAACACAAAAUAAUUUGUUGAUAUCAUAUUUUAAAAUGAUCGAUUUUAUGUUGUAAAUAAAGUAAAAUUUAUACAAGAUAAUUGUAAUUUAAUUGAAUCAAUCACUAUUGAAGUUUUGGUAUAAGAAAGAAUAGUGUUUUAUUAUAGAAUAUGCAUUAACAACUUAAUAUAUCAUGUGAUUUUUGCAGGAAAUGACCCACGCACUACCCACACACUACUCACCCGCCACCCGCCACCCACCCAAAUUUAGUGGGUGACAAAAACGAUGACCCCCACCCACCAUAUCCACCCAAACAUGUAAUGAGUGGAUUAUAAUAGGGUGAGUUUGGGUGGGUCUAGUGGUUGACCCACCCAUUGCCCAUCCCUACUAGGAGAAACAAUUGGGGAGGAAGAGAGAUUUAUUUUAGGGUUGUUGAUUGCCACUAUAACAUUGUCUAAGAUUAAGAAGAGAUUAAUAAAUUUGCAAUAGAGAAGAGCACACAAAAGUGUACUAUUUUUAUUACUUAUUAGAGGAUAGAGGAUAAGACCAUCCAACAAUCCUAAAAAAAUGAACAAAAUGCACAUGCCACUUCAAUAGUUAUCUGAUGGGGGCAAAAUACUGCUACUUGAAAAUGCAAAACAUUAAUCAACUAAUGAGAAUUGAGAUGCAAAUGAAUCUUAUUAGUUGAAGUUGAAUCGCCGAUCAGAUCAAGCAAACAAGACGAAAGAACUGGGCCUUUAUGGCUUUAUCCAUUCAAAAUGUGAACUGCUCUUUGUCUUCUCUAUGAGAGCUGCCCAAUAUUGUAAGAUUAAGUACUUCUAUAAAUUUGAUUCCCAAGUCACCCCUGAAACCCAAACCCAUGAACUCCAAGCAAGAGAGAAAGAAAGAAGGAGAAAGCAGGAGCAUAUCAUUCCAGAUAGAAAGGAAGAGAUGUCAAUGGCUAACGUGCUGCAUAUGAAUGGGGGCAUGGAAGAGACCAGCUACGCUAUGAACUCCUUGCUUCAGCGGAAGGGGAUAUCAACCACUUUGCCGAUAACAAAGGAAGCCAUAGCAGAACUGAUGUGCAACUCGAGCGUCGCCUUAGGCAGGCUAGUAAUUGCAGAUCUGGGCUGCGCUUCAGGGCCUAACUCCCUCUUCCUCGUGUCUGAGGUAAUCAAGGUCGCCCACAAGCUUUCCAGCGAGAUGGGCCACGAAUCCACCGACCAGUUUCAGAUCUUUCUGAACGACCUCCCUGGAAACGACUUCAACAACAUCUUCAGCUCCAUACAAGGCUUCAAGGAAAAAACAAGGAAAGAAAUGGGGUCUUGUCCAGAUUCUGAACCAUUGAUCUUCAUCACUGGAGUCCCUGGUUCUUUUUACGAAAGGCUUUUCCAAACUGAUAGCCUCCAUUUCAUUCACUCUUCCUAUAGUGUUCACUGGCGCUCUGAGGUUCCUCGAGGUCUGGAGGAGAACAAGGGAAAUAUUUACAUGGCCAAAAGCAGCCCUCAAUGUGUCUUAGAAGCCUAUUACAAACAAUUUCAGACAGACUUUUCAUCUUUCUUAGAGCAUAGGGCUCAAGAAUUGGUGACAGGAGGACGGAUGGUUCUGACCUUCCUGGGAAGGAGAAGUGCAGAACCUUCUGCCAAAGAGUGCUGCUACAUUUGGGAACUUAUGUCCAUGGCUCUCAACCAAAUGGCAUCUGAGGGGUUGAUAGAUCAGGAGAAAUUGGAUUCCUUCAAUCUCCCACUGUUCACUCCAUCUGCCAUGGAAGUGGAAGCCGAAGUCCAAAAACAGGGAUCCUUUGCCAUCGAACACUUGGAGUUGUGGGAUAUGAGCUGGAAUGCCUAUGAGGGGGAAGUGGACUUACCUGAAGCCCUUCAAGAUGGUGGCUACAACGUUUCCAGGUGCAUGAAGGCGCUGUUUGAGCCGAUAAUCGCCCAUCAGUUUAAUCCGUCGAGGGAAAUCAUCGACGAGGUUUUCAGGAGGUAUGGUCUCCUUCUCUCAGAGUGGAUGGCUAAGGAGAGAGCUGUUCUCGUGAGUUUGACUGUCUCGCUCACUAAGCGGCGUUAAUGACAAACUGGAAAGAAAUCGACACAUGCACAAGGGUGAUUCAUGUUUCUUGGAAUGUUGAUCAUUGUAAUAGUUAAAAUUAUCGGUGCAAAAUAAAAGUAAGGUGGUUUUUUUCGUACAUUAGAAAAAUGAAGGUCUUGGUUAAAAUUUGUAAAUCAUGAAUCUACGAUGGAAUCGGUCAGUUUGAUUUUUGGAAAAAAACCAUAUAUGCUUGUUAGAUUUCACGAUGGAUUUUACUUAGUUAGAUAAUUAAUUUAUCUUAUUGUUUUUAUUAAUCAUUAUGUAUUUUUAUAUUUAAUUUUUGUUAUACACCUUACAUCCUAUAAGUGGGGAUAAAAGAGUAAACAUACACCAUGUACUUGAGACCCUAAUACAAAUUCCAUUCUCUGGACUGGAAUUUCCAAUUCAUGUGAUCCACGAAUUUAGACCCUCAAAAAUCAUGGGUUGCACAUAUUUAUUCCUCGUAAUUGUACUAAACAAACAAUGGACUUUGUCCAAAUUAUAUAAAGAUUUGAGUUUUAUGUACCAAAUCCAUGAUAAAAAACUUAAAAACCUUCAAGCAAACAAGACUUAACCGAUCAUUUCUUGUACGAUAAAUGUGGAUAACUAUGUUAUGAUCCCUAAAGUUUUGUCACUAUAGAAAAGCCUCAACUUUACCCGUUACGUGUUACCGAUGAACAUAUGAUAUUUUACUGACUCAAAAAGUAUUUUAAUUCUAGUUAAAAAAGUACGCUUAAACUUACGUUUAGCUCUCACUAAGUGCUAUUCAAUGCCAAAAUGUCUAGUCCAUGGGGUCCCGCUCUCGGUUAGGAAUCCAAAACACGUUCAUGGAGUACAACGACACCUAGGUGUUGCCUACCUGUAAUUAGGCGGAAAUAAGCGGUCAAGAUCAAAAUAGGAAAUUAACAUCGUCAACAUUGACAAUUUAUUCUCUAUUUUUAACAGGUUAAGAACUUUGUGAGUUAUUAAGUUAUGAUUGUUUUAACUUGUGAGUUUUUUUUAUUGUUGAGUAUUAAAUAAGUUAUUAACAA